AGAGACAGAGACAGAGAAAAAAGAAACAGACUCAGGGAGACAAAGACAUUCAGACAGGGACAAAGAGAGUGCUGGUUUCAUCCCAGUUCAGCGUAUACAGUUUGGGCCCCCAAGUUUCCUCCCACUGUCCCCUCUUCCCAGGUCUCCAGCAAAAUUCUUAAAUAGAUCCUGUGCCCUGGGUCAGGAGUCUUGGCACACUAUGGGCUGCUGUCCCCACAUCCGAGGCAGUGGGAAGAGAGCACCUGCUUCUUCAAGUCCUGGGGAGAGGGGGUCCUUGUCCAGCAUCUUAGGCUCCCCUUACUCCCCACUCACACGGAAGACAGACAGGCGGUGCCCUGGUGGUGGGAGAGGUAGAGGUAGAGGUAGAGGGGACAUGAACUUAGAAGGCAGGGGGAUGCCUCAUCCCAUAACUGUGCCCCCGCCACCCUGCCAAGGCCUCAGCAUCAGGUUCUGGGGUCUUGGAGGAGAGGGGGUACCCAGUGUGGACUCCUGGCUCUGCCCACUAUGGAUUGAGGAAACCCUGUGCCAGUCUUCCUCUGUCAAAGUCCCAGUGUUCUUCUACCAAAAGCUGGGGGUCAUGAUCCAUACCGCUGUCUGACUCCACCCUGCUGGAUAUCAGAUGGGGGUGGUGGCACUGUAGUGAAGGUAGCAAACUGCAAAACUGUAAACCCUAGAGCUGAGGUCCUCACAGGCCCAAUAAACUUUUCCUCCCCAGCUUCCCCUUCCCAGAUGGGCCAUCCUGGAACAGAUCUUAGCCGGUGGAGUCCCUCCCUCUAGCCCUGCACCCUCAGCGUGGCCCUCCCCAUGGGAAGGCCAGGAAAGGCUGCCCAGGACAAGCCCAUGUCCUUUAGCCCCUCAGUCCCCCUGUCCACACUAUCCCAUCUCCCACAUGCAUCCCUUUUCCUGUGGAAAGGCACCCCCCUCUCCCUACCUUGCAACUAUCUCUGGGUCCCAGGCCACAGAGCUCCCAGGGCAGGGGGUGGGGAAGCAGCUCUAGAUGUGCAGAGGAAAAGGGGAAGCUGAGGCUGGUGACAGACAGGGGGCCCCUGCAGGAAGUCAGCUCAGCCUGGCAGGAGGGGGCGAGCAGAGUCUACCUGGUGCAUUGUCCGGGCUGGCACAGGGCUCCCUUGGGACUGGCAGCCAGCCGGGUAAAGGAGGGCUGGCCGCCCUAGCUCAGCCCCUACCCGGAGCUGCCACGUCUGCGGGGCCCAUGGGCACACACCCUGUGCACACACUCUCACUGCUCUCCUGUGCUUGCACUUCCGGGAACAUCUGGGCUACCCUGGGCUCUGCCCUUAACUCUGACAGUACCUUAAUCUUCCUCCUUGGCGCCUCCUUUCAUGCCCCCUGCCAGCUUCGGGAGCCUGGAUGUGCCUGCCCACCCACCCUCCACCAGAUCCCAGAAGGCUGGCCAGAGCCCCGACCCAACCUGCCCCCCACCAAGUCAUGCUGGCUCCUCGCCUUAACCGAUUUCCUGGAGUUACUGUCCUUUGAUCUUUUCUUUCUAAAUGCAAUAUUUCAAACACAAUGGAAAUUGCAGAUACAUUCUCUCUUUAAUAAAUACAUAGUAAGGACGGUGAGCGCGUCACUUCCUGCCGCUGCCAGGCGCGUCCUUCCGCGCGCUGUGACUGACAGUGCAGAGCCGCGGGGGCGGCGGCCCGGAGUUGGAGUCGGAGUCGGAGUCGUGGUGACCAGCUGCAAGCAUCCGCGUUGCGUCCUCCUGGGGAAGAGGAAACCCCCUUUUCGCUCGGUUGGAGCCGGCAGUUUCCAACUCCCUGGAGGUCUUUUGGAGUUCGGUGAGACCUGGGAAGAAUGUGCUCAAAGGGAAACCUGGGAAGAAGCAGCUCUUCACCUGAAAAAUGUUCGCUUUGCCUCAGUUGUGAAUUCUUUCACUGAGAAGGAGAAUUACCAUUAUGUUAUUAUAUUAAUGAAAGGAGAAGUGGAUGUGACUCAUGAUUCAGAACCAAAGAAUGUAGAACCUGAAAAAAAUGAAAGUUGGGAGUGGGUUCCUUGGGAAGAAUUUCCUCCUCUGGACCAGCUUAUCUGGGGACUGCGUUGUUUAAAAUAACAAGACUAUGAUCCAUUUAAAGAAGAUCUGAACCAUCUCGUGGGAUACAAAGGAAAUCAUCUCUAGGUGGCCAAGAAGAUUUCUUGAUUUUCUUUAAAAACACAAGAAUAAGGUCUGGUUAGGGAAUGAAAAAUGUCUACAUUUCAGAACAACUCCAUUUUAUCUAAAAAAGUUCUUAUGAUCGCCAAUUUAUUUGCAGUCUCUUAAUGUAUCCACCACCCUUUCAGCCAGUACUUGAGAAAAUUUUUCUGAAAUAUGUCAUUGAAUUGUAUUCCAGACACAGAAUAUAUGAUAAAUACUGAUAUUAUGGGUAAUCUGCUUUCCAUAUUUACCUGUGAUAUUUACUGUGUAGUUUGUCAUUACUAGCUUGCAUGGAGUAGGAUGCAGUCGAAUUUGCCUUAGUGUUUCUGUUCAAAUAGAGACCUGAAUUCAAAUAUUGUAGUUUAGGUUCAAACACAGUAUGCCUGUUGCAAAAUUUACCAAAUUUGUUGAUUACCUCUUUUAUUAAAGAAAUGUUGGGGAGAGGGUAAUAAAUACAUUGCGACAAUCUUUGCAACUUACAGGGAAUAGGACAGGUCAUUAGGGUGUAUUUCCCAGGUUUCCAAUUGAGAACCUAAA